ACAUACUUAAAUGUUAAAAAAGAGUAGUUAAAGUAAAGACAAAAUGGCUUUGACAACCCAUCCUUUCUUCUCUCCCUCCAAAACUCCAACGGCCAUAACUACCAUUUCCGAGUUCCCACAGAAUCCCAAAACCUUAAUCCUCCAAAAAUGCAAGACUACCAAGGAUUUGAACCAAGUCCACGCCCACCUUAUCAAAACCCGCCUCCUCCACAGCCCCCUCAUCGCCGAAAACCUACUCGAGUCCGCCGCCAUAAUCCUGCCGGACGCCAUGGACUAUGCUCUCUCCGUUUUUCGCCAAUUGGACAAACCCGAUUCGGCGGCUUAUAAUGUCAUGAUUAGAGGCUUCAUAUACAAGAAGUCUAACCAUGAAGCCAUCCUUUUGUUCAGAGAGAUGUGUGAGAGCUUGGUUCAGCCUGAUGAGUUUACUUUUCCUAGUGUCUUGAAAGCUUGCUCUAAGCUUGGGGCACAGAGUGAAGGAGAACAGAUUCAUGCCCGGAUUAUAAAAUCUGGGCUUGGUUCUGAUGGAUAUAUUGAGAACACUUUGAUUCAUAUGUAUGCUAGUUCUGGCGAUUUGGAGGUGGCUCGGAAAGUGUUUGAUAAAAUGUCUCAUAGGCAUGUUAUGAGUUGGAAUUCAAUGUUAGCCGGGUAUGCGAAGAACGAACUUUGGGAUGAGGUGGUCAAGCUCUUUCGUAAGAUGCUGGAGUUGGGCUGUGAGUUUGAUGAGGUUACCAUGAUUAGUGUUUUGCCAGCGUGUGGGAGAGUGGCUGAUUUGGAGUUAGGUGAGUGGAUUAGUGAGUAUAUAGAAGCAAAUAGGCUGAAGGGCAACCUUGCUUUGAUCACUUCUUUGAUUGACAUGUAUGCAAAAUGUGGUCAGAUUGAUACUGCCAGAAGAGUUUUCGACGAGAUGGAUCGAAGAGAUGUUGUUGCUUGGAGUGCCAUGAUUUCUGGCUAUGCUCAAGUUAAUCGAUGCAGGGAAGCACUUGUUCUGUUUAAGGAAAUGCAAAAGGCUAAUGUGGAACCAAAUGAGGUAACUAUGGUCAGUGUGCUUUAUUCUUGUUCUGUCCUUGGAGCUUUAGAAACUGGUAAAUGGGUCCAUUUUUAUAUAAAGAAGAAGAAAAUGAAGCUCACUGUUACACUUGGAACUGCACUGAUCGAUUUCUACUCAAAAUGUGGGUUGGUAGAAAGUUCAAUUGAAGUGUUCAACAAAAUGUCUAUGAGAAAUGUCUUUUCUUGGACAGCUCUUAUUCAAGGUCUUGCUAGUAACGGGCAAGGAAAAAAAGCUUUGGAAUACUUCAAAUUAAUGCAGCAGAACAAUGUUGUUCCAAAUGAUGUGACUUUCAUUGGUGUUCUUUCAGCUUGUAGUCAUGCUGGUCUGGUUGAUGAAGGUCGAAAAUAUUUCCUCAGCAUGAGCAAUGAUUAUGAUAUUGAACCGAGAAUUGAACACUAUGGUUGCAUGGUAGACAUCUUUGGGCGAGCUGGUUUGAUUGAAGAGGCCUGUGAGUUUAUACAAAACAUGCCUAUCCAACCAAAUGCUGUUGUUUGGAGGACACUAUUGGCUUCAUGUAGGGUUCAUAAAAAGGUCGAAAUUGGCGAAGAAUCGCUGAAGAACAUCAUCAAAUUAGAUCAGCCUCAUAGCGGAGAUUACAUACUUCUAUCAAAACUUUACUCAUCAAUUGGAAGAGAUGAUGAUGCUUUAAAAGUGAGAAAUCAAAUGAAAGAGAAUGGUAUAAGAAAGGCUCCUGGAUGUAGUUUGAUUGAGUUGGAUGGAGUCAUGUAUGAGUUUUUCGCUGAAGACAAAGGAAAUCCCAACUCAAUGGAGAUUUACAAUGCAACUGAAGACAUGAUGAGAAAGAUCAAAUCAGCUGGCUAUGUGCCAAACACAGCAGAUGCAAGGCUUGAUGCAGAGGAAGACUAUCACAAGGAAGCAUCAGUGUCUCAUCACAGUGAGAAACUCGCCAUCGCUUAUGGCCUUAUAAAAACAGCUCCCGGAACUACAAUUAGAAUAUCUAAGAAUCUUAGAGUCUGCACUGAUUGCCACAAUGCAACAAAGAUUAUAUCGAAGGUAUUCAAACGGGAAAUCGUUGUUCGUGAUCGCAAUCGUUUCCACCAUUUCAAAGAAGGGUCCUGUUCCUGCAAUGAUUAUUGGUAAAACUCAAAGCAUUUAUUUUCAUUUGUCAUGUUGUGAGAAAACACUCAUUGUUUAAGUCCCAGUAUAAGGUCAUGGUUGAUUAAUGAAACUGUUUCAAUUCCUCAA